GAAGUACACCCCAGAUGGAGUCAGUUCUGGGAAGGGGAUGGGAUAGAAAGUGGGUAAACGCUUUUACUCCACAUACUUCUGUAAUGUUUGGGUAUUUUACAACAAGAAUGUAUUUAUAUGUCACCCCUGUGAUUUUUUAAUGACAAUUUUAAAGCCAAGAAAAAGAAUGCCAUGAUCCUCCCAGAAGCAGGAUCUGGUGGCUUUUCAAGACUGCCCAGCAUUGGCAUAGCUCCCUCAAAUUGCCAGUCAGAACCAGGAUGGGGCCGGCAGGAACCCUCUUGGUCUUCAGAUGACAUGAAGGAAGGGACCCCUCGCCUGUCCUUGCUCCUCUGCCCAGGCAGCUGGUCAGGUCUGUCAGAUGCUGACUGCCUGCUGCCACCAGAGCCCAUCACUGGGCUAUCCUUCCCAACCUCUGUCGGCCGCAGUUUGCCCUUUAUAUACCAGGCCUCGACUGGGUGCCCAUUUCUUCUGAGUCAGCACCUAUAGCCAGACUGGUUUCUCUAGCCUCCGUCCUGCCCUCCUGGAGAGCAUCUAGCACAGUGCAGGCAUCUAGCACAGUGCAAAAUAAGUGCUUAAUACAUGAGAACUAACGCACACGUGAGCCGUCUCCUACUGAGUCCCAGAGCCUCUUCCCCACAGUCCACACAGCCAGGUCCUGUUUCUGUCCCGUCUCCCAUACCCUGAGUGUGGGUCUCCUUCCAGUUUCUGGCCAUGAACCUUGCUUAUCUCUUUUUUCCAGUCUCCUUCCCUUGACAGCUCAUUCGCCCACUCUCACAGCUUCACCAUUCACUCCAGCAGUAGGCUCUUGCCUUCCUCUCUCUGCCUGUGGGUCGCUACCUCUGGAAAGGCCUUCUCUGCACCUUCCACCCCAAGAUUAGCGUAGGUGCCCCUCCAGGGCACACUCCUGGCAUCCUGUCUCUCUCCAGGGCAGCACCAUUCACGCCAUGAUCACCGGCUUCUCCCCACUAAUCUAUGAGCCCUAGGAGGGCAGGGACAGCGGCGUCACUGCUCAUUGCUGCAUCCUCGACAUCAGCACAGUGUUCAGCUUGUAGUAGAUGCUCAGGAAAUAUUUGUGAAUGAACAAUACGUUCACAGAUUCUAGCUUCUCACCUGUAUUUCAGGGUCAUGUUUCCACCUAGAGGAAUGAUACCUAAGCCUAACCAAUCAUCAGACUUCCCUGGAAGUUCUUUAGAAACUAAAAGUGGAAAGAGCAGGGUGUGGGACUAUGUACCUUGAAUGCUCCUAGGGGAGGAGUCAGAGAUCAAGGGAAAUCCCUCAAGAGGUCAAAAGUAUAAUGAUGAAUAGUAACAACAGUUACCCUUUAUUGAGCAGCUCCAUCAGGUAGCCUCUGUGCCUGUGUUUUAAGAUGCAUUAAAUAACUUUAUAUCUGACCUUAUAAGAACCUUGGACGGUAGGUAUUAUUAUCCCCCUUUUACAGAGAGAUUGAACAGAAGCUUGUAACCGGUGGAGCCGUGAUUGGAACCGUUCCAAAUGCUGUCCUCAGAGGUGCAGGCCCGGGGGAGAUGUUGCCAGGAGGAGGGGCAGUACAAAAGUCAAAGAAAAUUACAGUACAUUUGCGGUGACCCAGAAUCCAGGAAUGUCAAAUCUUCCGUUGUUAAAAGGAAAACAGCAGAUAAGAAUCUGCUGGCAGAGCUGUACCAGCACCCACCGUUUAACAGCUCCAGGCCAAACGAGCUUCCCAAUGGGGUGGACUUCUGUGACAUGGUUGACAAUGUGGUGCAGUCUGAGAGAAGCCCCCUUACCGUCUUUCUGUACAGAUAGAGAGUUAGAGAAGUUUUUCUGCUCUCCUUCUCUGACAGCCAUAUGGCUGGAUAGCUUCUGGUGGAUCUUCCACGAAAGGUACCAGCCAAACAAGGAGAUCCAGAAUAAGCUGUUCGACCGGAUAUCCCUCCACUAUGCCUUUCUUUUGUUUCAUGAAUCCAGGUCCUACCAUGAAGAGGCUAUCUUAAAAAGAUUGCCAUCACUUCUGAGCAAAGCCCUGUACACCAGCUUCUGUUGCUGCUUCCCGCAGUCCUGGUUCAACACGCACGAAUUCAAGUCUAACAUCUGUAACACGAUGAGCCUGUGGAUUUCAGGUAUCCAUCCUUGCCCACAGAGCUAUAACAGUUGGGACUACUCGAAACUGGAUCCGGAGAGAUUUCGGAGAGAAAAACUGUGUCAGAGAAAAACAUUGAUAAACAAAAGAGAGAUACCCGUCCGCCUUUCUAAGAGCGACUCUUUCCAGAAGUCUCUCCAGGUCAGACAAGUCCCCGACCGUCCGUCUACAAGUAUAUAUUCAAACGAGAGAGGCUCCUUAUCUAAGAAGUCAGAGGAUAGGUCACAAAUACAGAAUAUCAUGAAAGAGCAAUAUCUUCAGACUCUGGCCUUGAGGAAAGCUACACAACAAGUCAAGAGGAUCUCAAAAGCAAGAGCAUAUGAGAAUAUGUGUCCUAAGGAGUCUCACCCCGCCUGCAGAAUCCCUGAGAUGACUUCAAACCUCUUCAACAUUCAUGGGAAGAGCCCUCUGAUCGUGCACUUUCUUCAGAAAUACCUCACUCUGCGGCAGCAUGGCACCGACGUGCUGAUAGUCAGGAGGGAGAAAACCAAGACCUUGCCUGAGUCCAGCCUGACCUACGCUGAUAUCAUCAGCCUGACCCUGAGCAACAUGAAGAAGCGGAGGGCCUUCCUUCAGCAGCUGAACCAGCUCCACUGGAAUGAGUGGAAUUAUUUUGAUAAGUACCUAAAGGUUCUGCAGUACAACUUCCUCAGGGAAAUGAAGAAUAUCGACCAAAGAGAAGCAGAGAAGAAAAAGGCAAACCACAUGUUCGUCCAACCUUCAACCUUCUCUGAGGAAUCCCCUGAAAAGAAAUCUGGAAAAAUCUAUCAGAGGGAGAAUACAUUUCUUUUAAGGAGGAGAAAGGAGGAGGAAGGGAGACAGAGUUUGAACUACUCUUCCUUCUCGCUUACAAGCUCUGAUGAAUUCUCUUCCUUAGGACAAGAAAACUACAGAAUCCCUCAUAUUUCUGAUUUCAGAAAAAUCACCAAAAAGUUGAAACUAAAGAAGAAGAGGAAAGUAUUUUUCCUUAGCCUCUUGUCUUCCAUCCCACUUGGAUGAAUUUGUGUUCAAGAACCAGGAAAACUUUUUGGAUGAAGCCUGUACAUGUUGUUGGGUUUAAUCUAAAACAAAAACAACAAAAUAAUAAUACUGCGACACAUCUAGUCAUUUCCAGUCCAUGGGACAAAGAAUAUUAAAAGUUCACUCCUACUUGGGCCAAAGUCAGGAUUUAAA